AUGUCCAAUAUACAAGACCAAAGGUUCCAUUUGUUUCCGCACGAUCGUAUUAAAGUGGUAGGUAUCCUCGGUGCUACUGUAGGUGGAUUCCAAGGCUUUUACGAAGGAAUAAAAAUUUCAUCGUUACGAUAUUUAACUGAAAACGGACAUAGACUACCUAAAAAAGUUGGUGGUUGGUAUUUUUACCAUAAGAAGAAGAACUAUGUGAUGCUUUUAGAUGGUAUUAGAGGUUCUUUUAUACAAUCCUCGAAGACUGCUUUGGCUGUAUGUGGGUUUUUUGGGUUAGAGUACUGCAUAGACAAAUAUGCCAGGAAUGGUACCAUAGACUUCUUCAAUACGGUAGGUGCAGCGAUGAUUCUGGGUGGUAUAUUUGGGGCUUACAAAAACUUAAGCAGGGUACAAAUAUGGAAGAAUGUGAAAAGAGGAGGGUACUUAGGGCUAAGUUUAGGAAUCACUCAAGACCUAUUAAUAUGGACCAGAGGUGGAAGAGUGUGGUAUAUAGACAAGCUUGGAAUCAAGAACCCUAGGUUUGACACUGUGAGUAGCAGUGAAAAAUUGAGCUGA